CUAUGGGUUCAGGGCCGGGUGUCUGAAGGUUUGGGGUGGCUGCGAUUUUCCUCUUUUCUUCCUCUCGAAAUGAACUCACUGGAGCAGGCAGAAGAUCUCAAGGCUUUUGAAAGGAGACUUACGGAAUACAUAGCUUGUUUGCAACCCGCUACUGGGCGCUGGAGAAUAAUUCUUAUAGUGGUAUCCGUAUGUACGGCAACUGGUGCUUGGAAUUGGCUAAUAGAUCCAGAAACACAGAAAGUAUCUUUUUUCACAUCGCUGUGGAAUCACCCGUUUUUCACAAUUAGCUGUAUUACCCUAAUAGGGUUAUUUUUUGCUGGAAUACAUAAAAGAGUGGUGGCACCCUCAAUAAUAGCAGCUCGAUGUCGAACGGUUUUGGCGGAGUACAACAUGUCUUGUGAUGACACUGGGAAGCUAAUAUUGAAACCCCGCCUUCACGUCCAAUGACCUUCCAUCUUCCUUUGACUCCAUCAUCACUGAAACGAAAAGCGAGAGACUUUUCAUCACGGUCAUAAGGCCAAACAGGACUAUGUGGCAUUCAGUUGUGUGCACAGUGUCUGACUCCUUGAUGGCGGAAGUGUGCAACAGCUGGAAUAUUUCUUCACCGUCUUUGUCUUUUAUUGUGUCGCCUGUGCUUUGAAUAAUUCCCCUCCAUGCGCGCACACGUACACAGUAUUAAUAUCCCGCUUGGAAGGGUUUCAUCUUCAGCAAAGCUACUGGCAAAGUGGUUCCCCCGCGCAGAACAUGAGAAUCACUCGUUUUUUAUAAACGUACAAAGCACUGUAAAUAGAAAAUGCCAUGGUGGCAAAAGGAAUUCACAUAGAGUGGAUUUGUUCUCAAGAACCAGUAUUUGAAGAGAACUCUAAUUUCACUGUUCAUAUUUGGUUUUACCAGCACACUCCUUCAGUCAUGACAGCUGUCUGUCAGGCCCCCUACCUUCAGUCUACGUAAAAAACCCUCCCAUCUCAAUGGUAAAUUGCUCUUAUUUUUAUGCGUACAUUCAUUUAACUUGUCACAUAAGAUACAGCACUUCAGCUUUCCUGCAUCGAUAUUUUCAGCUAACCCAAUGUGACUAGAUUAUUAUUAUUAUUAUUUUUAAAACCGCUGUAAAUAUGCCUCUUCCUGUGGCAUAUUAGAGCAAUGUAUUGUAUCUGAAAUUUACACUGUGAUAGUUUUGGCCAUGAAACUAGUAUUGCUUUAUUUCAGAUUCAGACAACUUGAUAAAAAGUGCCACAGAUUUUUAAAGACGGAGUGGUUCAGAUUAUUCUUUGGCCUUACCGUGGUCCAGUGGAGGCUCUAGUGCUGCCCAGUUACCUAACUAUGACUAGCUGAUCAGGAAUACACAGUGGGUCUUCUUGCUAGUUUCUCAUUUUGCACUGGUAUUCCCUUUCCUCUUUCUCUUUUGGAGCUUACUGUAAUUUCUGUCACACCCACACUGCAUUUUUGUUAAAACGCAAUUAGCAUCAAACCACAGUUUGAAAUCCUUCUAAGUUUCAGUUUGGGGCCAACUGCAGUUAGUGAAAAUGCGGGUGUAAUGCUAACCGUAGUUCGCUCCGAAACUGGAAAAGAGGAAAAUGCAUGUGUGAACCCAUGGAGUGCUCUGUUGCCUAAGGGCACUUGCAUCUGCACCCAGGCCCUAUGAGGUGGUUUCCUUGUGUGCUUCUCUUCCCAUGUCAGCGUGGAACAUAGUCGUUUGAACAUCCCAUGGUUACAUUUUGGGGGACAGGCUUUAGAAGUCAGGCUUGUCAAGAGAUAGUGGCCAUUGAGAAGCGCAGGAUCCUUCAACAUGCAACUUUUGUGGGCAAAUCACCAAAGAGCGGAUGAAAGAAAUCGCUUUGUACGGCCAACUCAGCAAUUUGAACCAACCUUCUUAAAAGUGUUAAGAGACAUGGCUUGUUACGCACAGUAUAUUUUGACAUGGUUUGCAACUUAAUUUUAAAUCCUCCUCGUGCCUUGUAGACCCCAUUUCAAGCUAUUUUAACGGAGUGUAAAAUUUUAAGAGCAGAUGGCACCCAAAGGCAAGGGAGCGUCACACGGCGAAGCAAGACUGCGCGGCAGUGAACAUGAAACCAAAACCAGCGUUGGUGUCAGUGCUAACUAUUUAGUUGCAGCAAUAAAACACUGCUCUUAAAGUCAUCUACAAACACUCACCUUUUUUUUGCUUUUAAAUGUAAAUUUUUGUAGGA